UGUCAGAUAGCAAUGCCACAAAUAAAAUUCUUAUUUUUUCAUGAAAUCUUAUAUAAGUACAUCGGCGGAGUAUAUGUUCACAAUAUGAGUAUUCGAAAUCUAAUAAAAUGACAUACAACCCUACUUAAAAAUGUUGUACACUUGUACCAAGUGAAAGAAAACAGUGAGUAACUUCCCAGAGGUAGUCCUUGCACCAUCAUAAAGUAUAGCUUGGUCCUUGUCAGUCCCAAAUUCUGAAACUAUAAGAACCCUUGGAUAUUGAACCUGCUCAUUAGAAACUGUAAAUUAAACUCUCAUCCGGAUGAUCAGAUCUCAAACCACCUCAAACCACCUGAGAAAUCUGUAUGGUAAAUGCCCGAAAUGAUUAGGGAGCAAAAAACAAAUGCUAAUGAAAAUAAGUUUUUAUGUUUGAUUUUAACUUGGAAAUUUCAAAAUGAAAAUGAGAUAUAAUUAACUUUCUAAAUUAUAUUUAGACUUUGUAAACACAAUCAUAUACACCAUGACCAUGAUCGCAUUAAUUCUUAUCAAGUCAAAUGACACUUCAUGAAAAGGUCAAGUUUUUAUAAGUAAAAACAAUUUGAUAAAAAAACAAGAAUAAUGAAAAGACAUGGGUAGCUAAUAGGUUAUGUUAGAGCUGGUAGUGUUAUGGUAAGUUUUGACUGAUUUGCUUGAUAUCAGAAACAUCAUUGAAGCUCUACUGUCACUUUAUCACUGGUUUAAACCUCACGAACCAAUCUAUCACCGUGAAGCUCUGAUAAACAGUGAACAUAAAAGGUAAAUAUUAUGAAUAUGUGAAGUUCGUAAUAGGGAAACAAAUUUUGGUUAUGAAUAACAAGCUGGAGAAGUGCAGAAUUUGAUAGGUAACUAACAGCAACUUGAAAUAACACAAGCACUUCAUGUUUUAAAAAUUUAAACAAACUUCAAAAUUUUCAAACGCUAAUUAUUAAGCAGGAACUUAAAUAAUGAGCAACAUUACAUUUGUCAUGACACUGCCAAAAAAUUAAAUUAUGCACCAUUUGUUAGCAAUAGAGACCAUGAAAAUAAAGGAAAGGGAAACUUAAUGGUGGGAUCGUUAAAAAAUUAAAUAAGGCACCAGUAGUUAGCAAUAAUGACCAUUACAUCCAAUCAUGGAAGUAAUGGUGGACUCAUACGAGUUCUAAUCUUUUAGGUUGAACAAAACGAAGAAGCAGAAAAAAGCAUUGUUAUAAAUCUAUUUAAUGCAUGAAGAUUAUCACAACCUGAACUUCAAUGAGCCCACCUUAAAUACUGCAUCAGGCACACAAUUGGUUGCGGAAUUGUGAAAGAAAAUGAGUUGCAAAGAUUGGAUUUUUUAUGGAUUACUUUAAGCACGACUGUGUUGGAAAGCAAGUGAAAGUUUGACUUUCGGAAUCAAUCUCUUUGAUGAAAAAGGAUAAAAGAUAAAAGUGUUUUCUGUAAAAAGAUCAUGCUAUCAAAAAGAGAUCAAUCUCAUAAGUAUACAACUUAUGAAUACAUCAAUCUGGCAUAGGCAUACUUCUUCCAAAUUUUAUACCUUCAGAGUCCAUUGACUAUUUGACACCCCAGCAGUCCAGCCUAGCAUGUAACGUUGGAAAAAUGAUUGCAUUACAAAUUUACAAUUAGGCAUUGGUUAGCAAGAACUAAUUGGAGUUCAAUAACAGGGAAUCAGUCCACAUAUAAGAACCUAUUGAAGCCAGCACACUCAUGCAACUUGUUUGAUACUGGUGAAAUAUUGGUAACAUGUGGAGUCAAUAAAUAUAGUACUCGACAAUCUACAUGUAAAGAAAGAUUCUGAAUCAGAAAAAGGGGCAGCUCAUUUGCAACGAUACUGAAAUCUUGAUUAAUUGCUACACGUCAAGGUAUAGGGAACAUUAUGAUAUGGAAAGAAGACGCUCAAUAUUACUAUCAUUAUUAUUAUUAUUCAUUAUUAUUAGUUUCCUAGAGUAAGUUUCCUAAAGUAUUGGGUGUUAGUUUCCUAAGGUUAUUAUUAGUUUCCUAAAGUAUUAGGUGCUAGUUUCCUAAGGUUAUUAUUAGUUGCAGUUUCCUAUUAGUAGAGAUAUUCUAUUUUAGUUAAUUUCCUAAUAAAAGUAUUGUAAUAGAAUUAGGAUUACUCUAAUACUAGACCACCAAGACUCUUGGUACUAGUAUAAAUAGAGCUGCCAUAUUAAUGAAUAAAAUCAUCAAUCUUAUGGAGAAUAAUUCUUCUUGUGCGCUCGGUGGAACCGACGGACACUUCCUUGCCUAGGGCGGGAAGCUGAGUUGUUUUUCCAACUAUCAUUCUUCUUCUUUUUUAUCUCCCAACCCCGCCCGUAACAAUUUGGUAUCAGUAUCCAGGCCGAUGGGGAACGAUCACGUCACCGCAGAGACACUAAAAACCUUCAUGGCAGAUAUUUACCAGCGACAAGGAUCGCUUGAGGCAAAAAUUACAGAACUCGUGACAUCUUUUUCCACACAGCUUGCUGCCCUGACUAGUAAAUCUGCAGGUCCACACACUGACUCCAACAGCAACAGACCCUCCAGAUGCCAGGGUGAGAAUAUGGAGUUUCAGGAACACCACCAUCGAGUUCAUAGCGCGAAUAACAUUGUGCCCCACUAUUCCAAUAUCGAUUUUCAUAGUUGUUGUUCUAUGAGGAUAUGUUACGAGGUUCCAUCACCGGGAGAUAAAUUAUCCCAACUUCAGCAAAUAGGUACUCUAGAUGAGUAUAUUAGCCAGUUUCAGUGUUUAUUGGCACGCACAGAGGGCUUACCUUCACAGACUCAAGUGAACGUCUUUGCAGCAGGACUUCAAGAAGGCAUUCGUCUUGCAUUGGAAUGUCAAUACCCCGGCAGCGUGGAUGUGGCAAUCAGUUUGGCAAAAGCUAUUGAGCGAAAGCAACACUCACAAUAUGAUUCUCUAUCUCCGCCAACAACAGCCCCGGUGGCGACAUUGCUGGAAGCCCCUCCACCAAAAUGUCAAUUUUUUCCUGUGUGGUCGUCAGCAUCUCCACUGUUCCCACAACCAUUGUUGGAUAAGCAAUCCUUGCUAUUCACACCACCGCCAAUUUUGUCACUGCCAACAGAACAAGUUUUUUCGCAACAAGCCAAUCUUACACUGUCAACAACACUCUUGUUGGUGGAGCUGACACCACCAGUGUUGGCACCUUCAUCCUUCUCUCCUGCAUAUUUGCUGCCCACAACCAAGAUACACGAAAUAAUAUGGACCUUCCUAGCAAGAGAAAAUUUUGAGAAAUCUGGCCAGAUAUUGGGACAUUCGGCCAUUACUCAUAGUCAUGCGGCUACAACCAACAUGGUGAUGAUUGAUCAUAUAAUGCCGUUUGAUCGUGGAAGACUGGUUGUCAUGAUAUAUUAGCUUCAAGCUUGAGGACAAGCUUGAUGUUCAAGAGGGGAGUAAUGAUAUGGAAAGAAGACGCUCAAUAUUACUAUCAUUAUUAUUAUUAUUCAUUAUUAUUAGUUUCCUAGAGUAAGUUUCCUAAAGUAUUGGGUGUUAGUUUCCUAAGGUUAUUAUUAGUUUCCUAAAGUAUUAGGUGCUAGUUUCCUAAGGUUAUUAUUAGUUGCAGUUUCCUAUUAGUAGAGAUAUUCUAUUUUUGUUAAUUUCCUAAUAAAAGUAUUGUAAUAGAAUUAGGAUUACUCUAAUACUAGACCACCAAGACUCUUGGUACUAGUAUAAAUAGAGCUGCCAUAUUAAUGAAUAAAAUCAUCAAUCUUAUGGAGAAUAAUUCUUCUUGUGCGCUCGGUGGAACCGACGGACACUUCCUUGCCUAGGGCGGGAAGCUGAGUUGUUUUUCCAACUAUCAUUCUUCUUCUUUUUUAUCUCCCAACCCCGCCCGUAACACGUUAACACUACCCUUAUCAUUAUUGCAAUGCUCUUUAUGUCAAAAACUUUCCUGAUCAUUCUUUCUGCAGUAGAACUCUCUUUUUUGUUCAGAAAAAUUAAUAGUUUUUGGUAAUAGGACUUGCACACAAAAGACAUGAGAAUAUGAUAGCAAAGAAAAAUUAAUAGUCUCAAACUGAAUAGGUGAAAAGGAUGUCCAAUAUAGCAUGGUAUAUUGGAUGUCCACGACUAUUGUGAACUUUUGUCACUGACUAUGGUCGUGGACUAUUGUGAACUUUUGUCACUGACUAUUGUCACAAAAAAGUUCACAUAAAAAUUUAGUCCCCCAACUAUUAUGUCACUGACCCUUUUGGUACUUGAUUUCUAAUUUUUCCAUUUUUAGUCUUUGACUAUUGUGCUAGAGACACUUUUAGUCCCCGACUUCAAGAUUUUCCACAUUUAGUCUCCUGACUAUUGUCAAAUUGACACUUGUAGUCCUCCCAUUAUGAUUUAGACACAAUAAAUGGAGGACUAAAAAUGUUACUAUUAUAAUAUUUUAAGGACCAAAAGUGUAAAUUUAUGAAAGUUGAAGGACUAGAUAUGGAAACUUUCAAAGACGGGUACCAAAAGUGUCUCUAGCGCAAUAGUCGUGGACUAAAAAUGGAAAAAAUCAAAGUCGAGUACCAAAAGUAUCAAUGACAUAAUAGUCGGAGGACUAAAAGUGGAAAUAACUCUUUCACUUAUUGUCCACCUCAACCUAGAACUCUAGAAGUAAUUCAUAUUUGUACAUUCCAAGUAAGAAAUUGCUGUUAAGAUGCCUUAAAGCCAAACAUAUAGUUUAUGUUUUUAACAUGGGAAUAAUGCCUUUGAUCUUUCCAGUAUACAAAUGGGGGCAACUCUACUGAAGCAAAGAAAUCAAACAAGACAAUAAGAGAGGCAUAUAUUGAUAGUUUGUUUCGGUAAUUUUUCAUAUCUAGAAAUGGAGUACAUAUAUCUUGAUACAUAUUCUUAAAUGUCUUGAUGGAAAAUGUUGAAAUAACAAGCUUUAGUUACUUUAGCAUAUACCCGGAUGGAUUUUUCAAAAUGCUAAAAGAUAUGUUAAAAUAGAGUAGAAACCAUCUGAUAAUUUAAAAUUUUAGCUACCACCUAAUUGAUGAAAAUAGGCCAUUUCACUCUCUCUAGCCAAUCAAAUGUCAUUCUCCCUGCUUCCUCUAAUUUGAAUAACUCCACGCAUACAACACCUAAAUUAAUCAAAUACUUUUGUUUGAACAGUACUUUGUUUGUUAGCAAAAAUGGGUGAAUAAACACAUACAAAAAAUAGAUGGUACGAGAUAGAAGGCUUACCCAGAAAAGGGUGCUGUGCACUGGAAGUGACCCCCCUCUGCCACACGAUGGAAACAUGUUUCUAAGGGAAAUAUGGGGCGAUUGAGUACGUCUGGGUACCAACUCCCACUAGGGCGCCCACCGUCGAUAAUUCAGAUCGAUAGGAUUAGAACUUGGAAGUCAAACAAAGACGAGACGGAAAGAAAUACACAUUACAAGGAUACUAACGGAAGACGACGAUAACAUUUUGAGUUUUAAUUAACGGAAGCAGCAAGUACCGGACAGAGAAAACAUGCUUGGUACACUGCUUUAAGCCUUUAAGCAGAAUUCACAAUUUAUUAAUGCUAUAGAGUUACACCAACAAAAUUUUUAUACCCAAAAGGGUAUUAACCCUCAUUCAUUCUUAUUAGUUUGUAGAGAUACUUUCUUGAGUAAAUAUGAUAGAAAAUAAAUAAAAAAAAGUUACCAAACAGUCACUGUGAAAUCAACAAAACAGGUUAGCUCAAGACAUUUGUAUAUAGUAAUAUGGAAGAUGAAAUACAGAUCAGAUCAUGGAGGUUGGUUGAAAGCUAUGCCCAAACGACUAUAAAGAACAAGUCACACAAAAAUAGGGUUGUUUCCACUAAAAUUUUAAAUUUGUGGGUCUCAUUUUUAUUUUGUUAUUAGUAAAUUAGGAUUUACCAUUCAAUACGAACAUAGGCAAACAAAAAUAAAAUACAAACCUUUCUAGGAGAAGGUUUAAAAUCACGACUUUUUGUCAUUUUCUUGUAUAUUCAUAAGCAUAUGCAUCAGAGGAGAAUCUGGUCCAUUUCGCAAGAUUGUCUCGAGUAUAAUCUGACAUGUUCUACUGUCAGGUGAGGGUCCAAGUUUUUUCAUUUCCCCCAAAAGUAAUACAUCAUUACAAUGCCGUUCUUUUUCACUAACCCACAAAUGAGUACGCUGUAUACCAUAAUAUCUGACAUGCAACCAUUUUCCUCCAUUUUCCUCAAAUAUCUUUAGCAUCUUCUAUCCAGCUUUCUCGACAAAGUCCAAUUACAGUACUUUUACAAGUUACGACGUAUAAUAUUUGGCUGGAAAUGUUUUGAGGGAAGGGCAUUCCAUCAUAUGUACCCCUCGACUGAAUUCGAGGAGGAACAUCACUACCCCUCAGCUCACAUCAAGAUUGGGUUUCACAACGAAGGCCGCCGUGACAACGAGACAUUCGACGGAGUAUUGGGAAUACUAACCCACACGUUCUCGCCAAAAUCAGAUGAUCCCGCAUCCUGCCCGAUCCCAACAAUGGCUGACAAAGAGUCAUAUUUAAUAUCAAUUUUUUCCCAAACUUUGUCCUUAGCCUGAAUAAGAGCUCCCCUGAUCCCCAUCUCCUAGGCCUCUCUAGGAAGGAGAGCACACCAUCCAUUGUUUAGCCACUCCCCCAUGUAUUGCUAUUAUGUGAAAGGAUUUAGUGUUUUGGGUCUAGGAUAAUAUGCAGUUUAUGCACUUGGUAUCAAAUUCCAUUGCACAUUGGACUUAAAAGAUGCCGGUGGAUCUGAUUUUAGAUUGUAAAUUCUUCUGAAUGUAAACAUCUCUUUCCCAUCAUGGGCUACUGUUGCAAGAUGGGGAAAAACUUGUGAAGUUGCCAAUAAUAGACAGUGGAUAUACGCGGAGUUUAAAAAACAUUUUUAGACCUAAAUGACUCAAUCCAACUAUGACCACACCCUUUCAUUACCUGUCUCUCUUUCAUGAACAUCCUCAUUCCCUUAACGUCUUUCCACUUUUUAUAAGAAGCAUAAACAUUAGACAUCAAUACAUAAACAUAAUCACUCUCACCUUCCAACCCUAUCACCUUUUCAGCUGCAACUUCUGCAACUUUCAUAUCCCCACAAGUCACACAAGCUCCCAAUAGAGCUCUCCAAACUAGUGCACAUUUCUCAAAUCCCAUCUCUUUGAUCAUAUUCUCACCACCUUCCACCUCUCCUUCCCUCCCCAUGAGCCUAAUCACAGAUGAACAGUGCUCGGCUGUGGGCGUGAUCCCGUAGUCCUUCACCAUUGACUCAAAGUACUUCUUUGCAACCUCCAUAGGUACCUUGUUGUGCCAACAAGCAGACAAGAUAUUGAGGAAAGUGAUUCCAUCUGGCUGUAAAUCUAAGGUCUUUUUCAUUCGCUCGAAUAGACGAAGUACCUUGUUUGAGUCGCCAUUAUUGGCAUAUCCAGAUAUCAUAGCAUUACAAGUCACCAAAUUCUUACUAGGGAGAGUCUCAAACAGAACCUCGGCCUUAUUCACAUCCCCACAUUUAGAAUACAUAUCAACAAGAGCACUUCCAACAACUACACUUUUAUUCAACCCAUUCUUCACUGUACAACAAUGGAUCAAUCUUCCCCAUGUGAUAUCUGCAACACUAGCAGUACCACUUAAAAUGCUUGAAAAUGUGAAUUGGUCCAUCCUAAUGCCACUAAAGUGCAUUUUAGAAAAAAACUCUAGAGCUUGGUCUCCCCUGCCUCUGUUAACAUAGCAAGUUACGAUAGAAUUCCAUGAAGAUGAGUUCGCGUUGGGCAUUCUUGACAAGAGAGCAAUUGCUUCUUCGAUCUCACCAAACUGAGCAAUUCCACUUAUUAGCUCAUUAUAGGUAAUUGAAUCCGGAUGUGGCAUUUGGUGUAGAAAAAUGAAGGCUUGUUCGAGCCUCUUAUUUUGAGCAUUUGCUGCUAUAACUGAAUUCCAGGAAAUUGUGUCCUUAGCGAUCAUACCAUUGAACACCCUGAUUGAUCUGUUGGGGUGUCCACAUUUUCCAUACAUGUCAAUCAAAGAGUUUCCAACUACUACACUACAAUCCAUACCAAGCCUCACGAUCUUGGAAUGUAUAGACUCGCCAAAACGUAGCAAACUCAACUGCCCGCAAGCUGAUAAAGCAGGUGUAAAGGUAUAAGAAUCCGCACAAAGUCCAGACCUUUCUAGCUCAAAGAACAAGCUCAGAGCUUUACUAGGCUCCCCAUAACGCACGUAGCCAGAAAUCAAAGUAUUCCAAGAAACUAUACUUGGUUCAGGAAUUUCAACGAACACCCUGUGAGCAUCAAUGAUAGCCUCAAACUUCACAUAGAGACUAAUCAUGGCACUAGAAACAAAUACAUCGGAAGCCCAGCCAGAUUUCAGAACAUGACAAUGAAGCUGCUCACCAUACAUAAACCAACCCAAAUUGGCACAUUCUCGGAUCGAGUGUACGAGAGCGAACGGGUCUAAGCUAGGACCAGAUUUGUGUGCUUCGGGCUCAAGUGAGACAGUUUCAGAACCGAGCCCACCUUGGGCGGAGCGAGGGAGAAGGCUGGACCACAAUCUGGCGCGAUUACGGAGGGGAAUAUUGUUGAUGCUGAUGGUGCGGCUAAGGUUAUUGGAUACGGCAUAACUAAGCUGAUUUCCGUUUACGAGCGUGUUAAGGAAAAAUGGUUUGUGCAUUGCAUUU